AUGUACCGGUCUUAUUCAUGCUUGGGCUCGGUAUUCUACACACUCCACGCCUCACGUGAUGCGCCGACACGGCGCGUGGCUGACUCUCGACAAAUGGCCGCACACCAAGAUGGCGGCUCACUGUCCCCACGCUUCAUGGCACUUGCAGCGGAAUUGCGGAUUGCCUCUAUCUUGGGGGCGACGUCACGGGACCAGAGGGGCGACUCCCUGCUGCGUGGCGUCACGCGGGCAUUUAAUGACGCGCCAGGGACUGAGAGCCAAUCCGCUCACGAGCUUUCUGUCUCCAUUGCAGCGCCGCGGAACGGACCAACGGGAAGACAGGCUGAACAAGACAAGGAUACAUAA